ACAAGAGAACUGAAUCUUAGGGUUUGUUCUGCUUCCCUCCGCCGCCGUAUAACCUCCUUUCUCCGUCACUCACGAUCCAACCAUGGCCGUCGGGAAGAACAAGCGUAUUUCCAAGGGAAAGAAGGGUGGGAAGAAGAAAGCAGCUGAUCCCUUUUCAAAGAAGGAUUGGUAUGAUAUCAAAGCCCCAUCUCUAUUCAGCACCAGGAAUGUUGGCAAAACCCUGGUUACCCGUACCCAGGGUACUAAGAUUGCUUCAGAAGGACUUAAACAUCGUGUUUUCGAGAUUUCAUUGGCGGACCUCCAAAAUGAUGAGGAUCAUGCAUACAGAAAGAUCCGCUUGAGGGCUGAGGAUGUUCAAGGGAAGAACGUUUUGACCAACUUCUGGGGGAUGGACUUCACUACAGACAAGCUGAGGUCUCUUGUUAGGAAAUGGCAGUCUUUGAUUGAGGCUCAUGUUGAUGUGAAGACUACAGACAGCUACACUUUGAGGAUGUUCUGCAUUGGAUUUACCAAGAAACGUGCUAACCAGGUGAAGAGGACUUGCUAUGCACAAUCGAGCCAGAUCCGUCAGAUCCGUAGGAAGAUGAGGGAGAUCAUGGUAAACCAGGCGCAGUCUUGCGACCUUAAGGAGCUGGUUCAGAAGUUCAUACCUGAAUCAAUUGGCAGGGAAAUCGAGAAGGCAACAUCUAGCAUCUACCCUCUGCAGAAUGUUUUCAUUCGCAAGGUUAAGAUCUUGAAGUCACCAAAGUUUGACCUUGGCAAAUUGAUGGAGGUGCAUGGUGAUUAUUCGGAAGAUGUUGGUGUUAAAAUGGAACGACCUGCAGACGAGCCAAUUCCCGAAGCAACUGAAGUCAUUGGCGCUUAAAAGUUAUUUUCAUCCUUUUACUUUUUUUUAUUUCUUCGAUUCUGAGACGUAACAAAUGUCGAUUUUUUUUGUGGAGAUGGAUGGUGAUAUUGUAGUCUUUUGAAAUUGGAUGUGCAAUUUUGUAGUUUCAACUAUUUGAUGAUUUCUAUACAAAUCUUGAACCAUAAUGAUCUUGGCUACC